AUGAUGGGUGGAGGUAGUGGAUAUCUGAUGGACAAAUCACGAAACGGAUCAAGAAGUGACGGAUUGAACGUUGAUCUGGAAUGGCAAAAACUCAGCGACAAUCGCAGAGUGCUUCGUAACAUGCUUGAUUUUGAUGAAGUGAUUGCGGCAGCCAACGAAAAGCUGCUUGGAAUUUUCUCUCCUUCACAUCUCCCGUAUUAUCUCGACGAACUGUUGGCCGGUGCCAAAACAGUACCGUUGCUAUGGGAGAUGACCAUCAAAGCCAUCGAGCAGCUUCAAAACGAACAAAACGGCUAUUUCUUGGUGGUUGAAGCCGUACUGGAAAUCUGUGCAAGUGAACGGAACUUAAAACGAAAUGAAAAUGAGUCAGUGCGAUUGAUACAAUGCCCGCAGGCGCUCAGAAAUCCGAUGGCUCGCAUUGUAGGCGGAACGAUCGACAUUGCUGAGCACGAGAACAUGAUGCAUGUGGCAUUCAAAGAGGUCUACGACUUCGAGGAAGCGAUUCGAAAAGCCCGUGAGAUGACAGAUGCUAAUGAGACGUUGAUCAUUGUCACAGCCGAUCAUGGACAUGCACUCACGCUACCCGGCUACUUAGACUCCGACGAGACAAUUUUCGGUAGCGAUUCCACACUUCUUCCAUUUCCGGAUGUAGAUUGUCCGAGAGACCGCGUACAAUGA